CUCCACAGAGCUUGAAGAAUGUACUCCACUGAGUCCUUGGAGUUCGAUCGAACUAGUAGAGGAGAGAGGUGAAGUGGAAAAUGGCGCCUCAUGAUCUUCGCCGUCAGUACAAGAGGCCGGCGAUCUCCGACCAGCAUCGGCGGAGGGAGCUGUCGCUCCGGCGACAGGAGCAGAACCGCCGCGACGCUCAGCUCCAGGCUCGCCGUUUGGCCUCCACGCUUCUCUCACUCGAACAGGCCUCCGCCGAGCCCGACGAUGUCGAAAUUGUACCGGAAUUCGAGCCUGAUCUUCAAUCUGAACACGAAGCGGCCGAGAGCUCCUCGAAGGACCUCGAUGUUAGCCAGGCUUCCAAGCUCAGAGGCGCCGAGGCUCGGAAGUGGUUCGCCAGGCAGCUCAUGCUUCCCGAGUGGAUGAUCGACGUCCCUGAUCGAUUGCCCCUUGACUGGUAUGUCUUCGCGAGGCCUUCCGGGAAGCGGUGCUUCGUCGUCGCUUCUAAUGGGACGACGAUCAGUAGGCAGAGAAACGGCUCUGUUCUACACCAUUUCCCGUCUGCGCUGCCCAACGGAGCUAGGACAAGAGACGCUUCAGGGUCUGGCCAUUCGUAUUCCAUACUAGACUGCAUAUUUCACGAGGCUGAUCAGACUUACUAUGUUAUUGACAUGUUGUGCUGGAAGGGUUACCCUUUGUAUGAUUGUGCUGCGGAGUUCAGGUUUUUUUGGUUGAACUCCAAGCUUGCUGAGACUGGAGCUUGUGAGCCUCCCUCGCGUUAUCAUAAAUAUAGGUUUAGUUUGGUCCCCAUUUGUACCUGUGAUCAUAGUGGUUUACAGGCAGCUUACUCAGGAACAGUGCCGUAUGUAAAGGACGGUCUAUUGUUUUACAAUAAGCAUGCACAUUAUCAACCGGGUAAUACUCCACUUUCCUUGGUUUGGAAGGAUGAGAGCUGUAGUCAAUAUGUUAUUGACACAGAUAGCAAAGGACAGGUUCCAAGCCAACAACAGGUAGUUUUGGAACUGCAAGAUGACCUUAAACUGGCAACGUCAGAUGACCCCCCUGCAGUACUUGGUUCCUUAGAUUUGGAAUUCACACAAAAGUCAGGACUGCAUUCCGGAAGUCUUCUUCGUUUUGCUAUUGGUGAUGGGGGAUUGACUAUUGUGGAUGGGAAACUCGAGAAGGCUGAUUUACACUAUCUUGGCAAGUCCAAUGGAGCACGUGCAUUUGCAGAUAGUGACUCGAAGAUUAUGUUUCAGUACAUGGCUAGGCACUCUCCUCUAAGAAUUGAUGACAUUGUAGCGUCAAUUAGCUCAUCAGGUAAUGAAGGAAACAGACCUUUGGAUGUUGAAAUGGCUGGUUGAUUGUGAGGCAAGACACAUUAGUGUUGUCGAUUACGGCUGUGUGAGUACUCUCUCCAAGGCUAUGAGUUGUAUAUUUGGUUAUAGUUGAAUACACCUGCUAAGGCUUUCAUGCAGACAACAGUAGUCGGUGGUAAGCAUAGUUCAUAGUUGCUUGGCCACAUUUUCAUAUGACUAGGCAGUUUAUUCACUGAGUCACUCUCUCUGUGUGUGUAUAACUAUUGUAAUUUUUGUAGUUACACUACAGCGUCAAAGUUUCUCUUAGUCGUUGUAUACCAAGUCAUCGACUCAUAACUUUUCCAAUUUUAUUCCUUUGUUGGAGAAAUAUUUAGGCCUUAUUGCCGUU